ACCGGAUGUGAAUGGGGUUGCCUUGCAACGGCUUAGAGGUGCGCGUGUGCUUAUGUAUAUAGGCAAGGAGCAACCGUGCCGAGCCGUGCCAAACCAGUCCAAUUAUUGGUAUUGUUUUGCCUUGCAACAACAACAAAAAAAACGAGACAAAGGGAAAUAGUGUUUUUCCCUCUCGGGAGACUCUUGAGACCUUUUGCAUCUCUUUGUAAAAUUAUACAGAUAGAUAGUUAGAUAGAUAGAUAGUGUUAUUGUUGCUUAUUCCUAUUUGCCCCGGGGCGUUUGGGAUGGAUUUCCGCGGGAAGAAGUACGAGCGGGGCAGCAACUGGUCGGACCCGGAGGUGGCGCAGCUGCUGCACUUGUGGGCCGACGCGGCGGUGCAAGCGGAGCUGGAGAGCUGCCUCCGGAACCAGCACGUCUUCAACCGCAUCGCCGAGGUCCUGCGCGAGAAGGGCAUCCGCCGCACGGGCGACCAGUGCCGCGAGAAGAUCAAGAAGAUGAAGCUCGAGUACCGGCGCCUCAAGGACAGCGGCAGGGCGGGGACCGGCCCACGCGUGGGAGCAGGAGCAGGAGGAGGAGGAGGGCGGCCCUGGAAGUUCUUCCAAGUCCUGGACCGCGUCCUGGCCGGCAAGGCCCCCCACAGCCCCCCGGGGGAGACCCGCCUUCCCCCGCAGCCCCCCCACCCACGCCUAGCACCCUCCUCGCAGCCCCCGGAGCUGGUGGAGGUCAAGUGCGAGGAGGCGGACUCCCCCGAGGAGGAGCAGGCCUUGGCCCCCCGGCCCCCCUCCCGCCCAGAAAGAGAGAGGACCCACCUGGAGGGGUCCCAGGACGACUCUCCCCUCUCCCAGGUGGAGCCCCCCCUCGAGACCAGUGUCUCGCCUUCAGGUUUGAGUGAACCCAACAUGGCUUCUUCCUCUCGGAUCCAAAGUCUGGGGCCACGGCCUGGUUUUUCCACCUUGCACCGCUUGCGGAAGAAACGGAAAGCCCAACGGCUGAGGGAUCCUUUGGAUGCACUCUUGCUGAAAACCCUGACUGCACAGCGGGAAAUGGAGGAACGCUUUCUGCAUAUGGAGGAAUGCCGACUCCAGCGUGACCUGGAAGUGGAGGAGCGGCGGAUACAGAUGGAGCAGCGUCGUUUUGAGCAGGAACGGGACCACGAAUUUCGCAUGUUCAAUGUCUUUGCCCAGAUGCUCAGCAUCUUAAAACAGAGUAAUAAUGGCUCUUCUGCAAGUGGGCAGCCUCAGAAUAUCGAGUUUAGCCAAACAUUUUCAGAAAGCACAGGAGUAAGAGAACGGGUACAGGAAGAGGGACAGACCUCACAACUACAGCAACCCCCUUUGGACAGGAGAACCAAUGUACACAGUUUUGGCAAUCACAGCGAUGCCCAAAGCAGCCCCUACCUCUCUGCCCGAGGCAACAUUGCUAACAUCUGCUGGGGCUCAGCAGAAGAGGGUUAUAGUGCCUAUCAUGCUGACAAGUAUGAUGAAAACAAAAAUCCCAAUGGCAUCAUUAAUUUUGGCACCAGUGAGAAUAAACUCUGCUUUGAUCUGAUGUCCAAGCGGUUAACACAAAGUGACAUGAAUGUCAUGGAGCCACCAUUCCUACAGUAUCCAGACUGGAAGGGCCACAUGUUCUUACGAGAGGAAGUGGCUAAAUUUUUGACCUAUUACUGUAAGGCACCUGCACCUCUCAAGGCGGAAAAUGUGAUUGUGCAAAAUGGCUGUGGCUCUCUGUUUUCUUCUUUGGCUACAGUUCUUUGUGAGCCAGGGGAAGCCUUCCUGAUUCCCACCCCUUUCUAUGGGGGCAUCACUCAAAGUGUGUUUCUGUAUGGAAAUGUGAAGUUAGUUUAUGUCUAUUUAGACAGUCAGGUUACUGGAACAUGCACCCGUCCAUUCCAGCUCACUGUGGAAAAACUCAAGAAGGCCUUCCAGGAUGCGCAGUCAGAGGGUGUCGGGAUAAAGGGUUUAAUUCUCCUGAAUCCACAAAACCCCUUGGGAGAUAUUUAUUCUCUCUCAGAGUUACAGGAAUACUUGGAGUUUGCCAAAAGGCAUGAAUUACAUGUGAUUGUGGAUGAGAUCUACAUGCUGUCAGUUUUUGAUGAAUCCACUAUAUUCCACAGUGUGCUAGAAAUGGAAAGAUUACCUGAUCCACAGAGGACCCACGUGAUGUGGGGAACUACUAAGGAUUUUGCUAUCUCUGGGAUUCGGUUUGGAACCCUGUACACACUGAAUCAAGAUGUCGCCAGUGCUGUUGCUUCCUUAUGUUACUUGCAUGGGGUCAGUGGGCCUAUCCAGCACAAAAUUGCACAGCUACUUAGAGACAGAGACUGGAUCAACCAGGUGUUCUUACGGGCCAACCAUGAGAGGCUGAAAGCAGCCCAUACCUUUGUGACAGAUGAGCUGAAGACACUUGGGCUUCCCUUCCUCAAUCGCAAUGCAGGCUUCUUUGUGUGGAUUGACUUCCGAAAGUACUUGCGGAAAGGAACGUUUGAAGAAGAAAUGCGACUUUGGAGACGGUUCUUGAGCAACAAGGUUCUGCUGUGUCAUGGGAAAGGUUUUGAGUGCAGUGAACCUGGCUGGUUCCGCAUCAUCUUUGCUGACAAGAUACAGCGCCUGCAGCUAGGCAUGCAGAGGAUCUGUGAGGUAUUGGAAGAGUGCAGAUGUGAAAUACUGAAUGAAGAUAAAAAUGAGUCCUGCCAGUCUGACUCGGAAGGCAAAGCAGACAGCACAGAUGAAGUGAUCUUUGUUUCCCAUCACCAAGAGCCAGUCUCUGGUGGCAGCUCCAGUCUGGGUGAUCUCAUAGGCCUUCUGCAGCAGCAAAUGCGUUCAUCUGACUGGUUGCAAAAGAACACAGUGGAGCAGUUUGCACAGGAGAAACCAGAGGUUUAUGAUGUUUUCAGCAAAUUGGUGGGAAAACAGUAGAGCCCCAUUUUGUGCCAGGACCUGUCCAUGGAGGUUCUUGCUGUUUUGACUGAUACAUUAUAACUUCUAUAACAAGUAUUUUAAGGAAUCCUUUUACAAACCACCUUCCUUGACCCUUCUUUCAAGACUGUAUUGUAUUGGGGCCAGCCACAAAAGGGUGGCUUUUAUUCGAUUCCCACCUCCUGUACUGUAUUUUGUAUGUUCGUAUCAGGCAUAUGUUUUCACAUGGAGAGAGAUGUUGUUGUUUGUGCUGUUUCAUGUUUCAUCUUUUCAUAAGAGAAAGGUUUUUUAAGAGCUGAAGAAUGUUUUAAAGCAUUAGUUGUGACCUGAAAUGAAAGGGAAGUAUUGAUGAAUUUGAACAAUAAGUUCAUCAACAAGUCACUUUAAUACAGAAUUUAAAUGCAUGUUUAAAUGGACUCAAGUUCAGAUAUUCUAUUACGGGUAAAUAAUAUUUGUAUAUUAGUCACAUUUUCCCGUGCAUGUGUGUGUAUAUGUUCCAGUAUUCCAAAGACGAGUUCAGAAGUAAUGCUUUUGCAUCUGAGCUAUGAAUAAGGGACCACAGGCUUAAACAUACUCCCUCUACCCUUUUUCCUCUCACAAAUGAUUUGCCUUUCUGCCCUAGGCAUUUACAAUUGUGAUGUUCUUUUAGUGAAGUUAUCCAUGGAUUCAUUAUUACUCCAGCUCACUUCCUGGUAGGGUCUGAAUCAAGUUUUGCUUAAUUUCAACUCUGCUUAAUGUUCAGGCAAAUAUCAUGAGCCAUGUUUAAUGCAAGAGAAUCCCCAUAAGGUGGGGAGUAGAAUAUAGUCUCUUGCAGACUUUCCCUGAUUAUUUAAGGAAAUGUCACUGUUACAUCUGCAUUAUCCUAGAAAUUUUAAUUCUGGCAAUGAAUGAAAUCUUAGUGGCUCAAGACUGACAUUUCUAAAUUAUUUCAGUGUGCCCUCAAGAGUUCAAGUCUUGAAAAUGACAUGUAGUGGCCAAUCCAGUUGUUUCUUCAGCUCAAAUUCUAUUUCUUGAAAUGUUGCCAUUAAUUUGGGUUUCUCAUCUACGGUGGAAUUGAAGGGUUUCAAUUCCUUAUUCUCAAAGAUUGACUUUGAGAUAUAUUAUGUCUUGCUUCAUUAUGGAUAUUUAUAGAUCUGAGCUGAGCUGCUGAACUUGCUGACCAAAAGGUUGGUGGUUCAAAUCCGGGGAGCGGGGUGAGCUCCCACUCCUAACCCCAACUUCUGCAAACUUAGCAAAAACAUGCAAAUGUGAGUAGAUCACAAUGGGAAGGUAACGACGCUCCAUGCCAGCCACAUAACCUUGGAGGUGGCUAUGGACAAGGUCGGCUCUUUGACUUAGAAAUGGAGAUGAGCACCCAGAGUCGGAUAUGAUUAGACUUAAUGUCAGGGGAAAACCUUUACCUUUAUCUCUGUAGUCUGCCUUCUGUAUUCUGUACCAAUUGAAAAUGAGCAAUUUGAUUUACAACAUGGAUUUAAAUGUUAACAAUGAUGAAAAUCUUAAAAUUUAUUGUAAUAAAACCAGAGAAGAUGAAAUGGUAGAACUCCACUAUGAUGAUUAUUGCUCCAAAAGUUUGUGGGAAGGGAACAUUUUUUCUCUUAAUUUGUUUUUUGUGGAUCUUACUUUUACAAAAUGUGUCCGUAAUUGAUAAAGCUGUUUUUCAGAUUUACUUUUACCAAUUGGGUAACUUGUGGUAUUUGAAAGGAAAAGGCAAUGCAAGUUAGAUUAGAUUUGAAUAUAUUGCUUUUUUCCCCAAUCUGUUUGGGAUGUAGUACCACUGGCAAAUUGUUCUUAACCAGUUUUUAAAUUUUCUCUAAUUAAACCUCAAAGUAUUACUCAAUAUCUUGCUUCAAUCUUCCGCCUUUAUCUGUUGAUUCAAGUCCUUCUUCCACCUUGUUUUUAAUGGAGUUGACUAUGUUGAUCUUCUAAUAAUAAAUUCUAAGUUUUUGCUCA